AUGAAUCCAACAUUUCAUUAUUCAUCAACAUUACAACAACAAUCUCAACCAACCCAAUGGAUUUAUGCACCUUCAUUUUAUAACAGUUAUUCAACAAGUGGACCUCUUGUUCUAAAUCAACCUCAAUCUAUGGUUCAAACUUAUUUUCCACCGAUAGAACAACAACAUCGAACAAAUUCUUCAUUAUCACCUGUUAUUUCAUCAACAUAUCCAUCAUCAAUGAAAACUUAUAGUCGUUUUCGUAAUGCAUUUUCAUGUUCUAAUCAACAACCAACAAAUAAUUCUGAUGAUGAAUAUCUUUAUCAUGAACAACAAUUAAAUCAAAAUUUAUCUAAACAUGGUAUUGAACGAUUACCAGUUAAAGGUGAUGGUAAUUGUCUAUUUUAUGCUCUUGCUGAAGGUCUUAUUUAUGAAAUGAAAAUUGAUCCUCAUGAAUUUGGUUUACAAAUACAUCGAUUAUUUCGUUUACCAAUACAUUUUCGUUUAGUUGAUUUUGCCGAUUGUUUAAGACAAAUAUGCGUAGAUCAAUGGAGAUUACAUGAAGAUUAUUAUAGUCAAUUUGUUGAUAAAGAAAAAGUUGCAUUUCUUAAAGAAGUUAAAAAAUUUUCUAAAAAUGGUGUUUCUGAUUCAACAUUAGGUGAUAUUGUACCAUUGACUAUUGCUAAUACACUCAAUGUCAAUAUAACUAUAUUUACUUCAGUUUUGAAUUUACCUCGUAUCGAUGUUAAACCUGAAUACAAGAAUAAUUUAUUAUCAUUAACUCAAAAGACAAUCUAUUUAGCUUAUAAUCAAUAUGGUGUAGGUCAUUAUGACGCUGCAUACCCUCGUACUUGA